GCUGCAGUGAGGCUGUAAAGGUGGCGCCCCCAUUGAGAGCCCACACAAUUUCGAUCCAUUUUGCAAUACCGCUAAGGCGUGAUAGAGGGGGGGAAAGAAAAAAAAAAAAAAUUUACGAUUCACAAAAUGGUGUGCAAAAUGGGCCUAACCCACAUCUUCCCGUUGAAACGCUAUGCCUUUGCUUCCCCCCGCAAGCUGUCGAAAUAAACGCGCACACGUAAGAAAACCCUUUUCACGUGAGUAUUCCCUCCCAGGAAAAACGCAAAAGAAAUGUGCGAUGCGAUUUAAUUCGCUAUUUCCCUUUAGCGCGCACGCUGCAUGGGGGCGAAGACAUAUGUGCGGAUUCGCGCCCUUCCCCGUUUGAAUGCCUCGUCACUUUGUUUUAUUUUUUUCCUCAGAAGCGCGCGCUCGUGUGCUUGUCAGCCCACCUUCCCACUCGUUCGGAAAAGCCAACACGAAAGCAAUCAAAGAGACAGUGCCUGCAUCACUGAGCAUACGGGUCCAUUUAUAACGAUUUAUUCUCCACCCCACUCCGCUUCUCCUAACGACGUGUGCUUUUUUCUCACCAUAUAGUAUAUACCCCCCUUGGGCCCCUCCCCCGCAACACUUCAAACCGUCCGCACAAAAUGGAAGAACAAGAAAGCGCGGAAAAUAUAAAUAUGAUCAAAGAGACCAUUUUUGGUUUACCCAACAGCGUAAUAUUGAAGAUAAUUCACAAUAACAUAAAUUUGAAAAAUUACAAAAUAAGGAAAGAAGCAGUUACCACUUUGGGGAGAUGUUUGUCUAUGUUCAUUUUGUACAUUACUGAUGGAGCCUUAGAACAUUGCGAAGGUGAAAAGAGAAAUACAAUUUUCGUUCGAGACAUUUUGAACUCGCUAGACGAUUCGCUAUUUCUCGAUAUAUACGAUGAAUUAAAGAGACAAAUAGCCAUUCAAGAGGAAAUUCAUAAAAAGGAGAGCGCCAAGGAGGCUAAGAGCGCUGCCAAGGGGGACACCCCAAGCGGUGCAGAUAAUGCGCAAGGAGAAACCAACCAAGUCAACAAGCAGGACGACUUGGACAUACUGCUGCAGGCUCUCGAGUGACAAAAGAGUGAAGCCAUUCCGUGAAACAGAACUGAGUAAAUUGCUAGAAAAUUGUGAACGAUAGCAGUCAGCUAAAAAAUCGUAAAAAUGUGUUUUUUUUUUAAAUCCCCCUCUUUUUUUUUCUUUUUUUUUUGUUUCUAUCAAUUUUUUUACUCCCCUUUUUAAUCGCCCUUUUUAUGCGCAUCUGCAACUGUGUGUAUAUACCUGCCAACGGGGUGACCCCCCUUACUCGGUUGACAUUUUGAGCAAUUCCAAAAUUCUCCACUAUUUAAAAUUUGUUAUCGCGAAGGGUGUUUUUUUCCUUUUGCUUGCUACUCGCUCACAAAUGUUGUGACAGCGUGUGUAGGGAAAGGAAAAAAUAGGCACACAUGUGUGAAAAUGUUUACACAUAUGUAUUUAUGUACGUAUGCACAAAUAGGCACAUAUGGCUAAGUGUAUGUGUAUUUAUGUAUAUGUGUGGAUUCGCCCCAGGCGCGCGGGAAGCUAAGACGAAUGUGUCUACACUGGGUGGACUUAUAAACACACGCACGCACAAGCGUACGCGCAACGCUGGGGCUAAAGGUGACAGAUGGACUAACGUGUUGCAGUGGGGCACUGCACAACUGGGUGAGCAAAAAAAAAAUAAAAUAAAAUAAAAGAUGAGCUAUAUCGCAGGCAAGGCAAAUUAGACCGCUAAAAUGGGGGACACAUAUCCUGCAUGGACAUCUCACCCAUUUGGUGUUCUCCGUGGGGUCCAAAAUGUCUGCGCUGCGGGAGAUGCUAAAAUGUCGCUACGCUGGCAGAUUGGCGCGCACACAUUUAAGCAUGUGGGCAGCGUGCACCACAAGUUAAGUAGCCCCUCGCUACUUUCGGCUACUCGCCGCUGAUGACCGCUGAUGACCGCUGAUGACCGCACAUCGCCGCUACACCAAACUGAUGUACUCG